AUGGGGUCCUGGCUCUCUUCCCCUGCCACUCCCGAUUACCUGCGUCCCGUCCCAGAAGAGUGGGCGGCUGGAUUCGACUUCGCCGCGCUAUGCGAGCUCAGGGACCGCCGGGGUGCUGUUCGCCCCCCGCGCACACAACAAGAGAUCGACGCCCGCUCGAUCCUUGGCCUUGCCAACCGGGCCAUCGAACAUUACAACUCCAACCACCCGGGUGUUGAGUACUCGUAUCUUGACGAGCUUUCAAAAGAGUCAGAGAUGAAAGCUUCUUGCAUUGGUUUUAGGAGAGAUCUAUGGUACCAUGUGAACUUCUCUGCUCGUGAUGCCAACGGGAUACGCCGCUUCUUCGCUGAGCUACGCUACGAGCAAUGUUCCGGCAACAUAAUCGUCGAAACAUGCUCCACUUUAGAAGGGCCAGCUUGGUGCUUCGGACGCAUUUGUGCAUUUUGUUCAGAUGAAUCCAAGAUUUUGCACCCAAGCAACACGGAAUUUCGGUGUGGGAAGGAGGGUCAUGAAAAAGAUUUCUUUCGUGAGAGGUGUGGAAUAGAGAGGCAUGAAAAAGAACUAUUUUGCGAGAGGUGUGAAAGCGAGGGUCACAAAAAAGAAGUCUUCUCCGAGAGCGAUAUGCUGAAGAUACCAUUCUUGUUAGGAGGAAAAUUACCUCGAUAUAGAUAGGAUUGACCAUGAUUUGUAUUUUCGUACUCACUUACCAUGAUCUUUUUAGUUUCGUAGACUAUAGGAGAAACAAACUAUUUUGGCAAAAAAAGAGUUCAUGGAUU